AUGCCAGAUGUUGAUACCUUAAUCAACGAACUCUCUCACCUUCGAUUCGAUGUCGAGAACAAAGAUGGAAAUUCCCGACUCAUAUCGCAAGUAGAAGAGGCAGCAGAUGCGCUUGCUGCAUUUAUAAAAGAUGAUUCCGAUGAAAGAGCAUUAUUGCAGGAGUUCGAACACCUGCAUAAGGCAAUAUGCCUCAAACACACUGCCGAGAGAAGCGCUGCCGAUGCUUCGUUAGACAGUUACAUCGUACUCAUAGGGGCAAACGAGGAACUUAAAAUGCUGCAAGAUGAACAUGAAAGGCUAUCUGAAGAACUACGGAAACUGAAAGUAACAUACAACGAGAAAAUAGGCAGCGGUGAUGACGCCAUUGCGGCAACCAAAGAGAAACAAGAACUGAAGAACAAACUUAGCCAACUAAGGGGAACUGAAGAUGAGCUGUUGCUCGAGGUACAGAGCAUGAAACAUAAAUUGCAGCUUCUAGAGGAUGCAGCUGAAAUGCAAAAGGCAGCCAAAGCUGAUGUGAUCAAGCGGGACAGGAUUAUGUAUGAAUUCUUGACGUCGACACUCAAUAUCACCGUGAUAAAUGCAACCGAUACACAUGUACAACUCGCUUUGCUAUCUGAAUCUGAUGACAGAACCACGCAAACAUGGGACUGUGUCACCGUUAAAAGGGAUGAAUGUGACAGUCAUACAACAGAGUUAAUAUGGCAAGCUAUAGAGAGAACAUUUAACCACGGAACACAGCAAGAAACACCGGAAAGUGCACUGGAAACUGUUAGAUUCUCAAUAUAG